UUGUAUUCAAGAUAUACAUGUAUGACGUACGCGACAGUCUGUAGUUCCAAAACAUGGGUUUUCUCAGUUAUAUUUUCAAUUAAAUGAUUAUCGUUUUUUGGUUUGUUUUAAUAAAGGAAGCAUUGGGUUUGAUCUGUGUUGUAAAGAAAUCGUAAAAUUCAAUACGAUGAUUGUCUUCUUUGCAUUACGAAAAUAGGGAAAGUGUAUGUGCUAUAGUAGAUCUGCCAUGAUAGAUCCGAACGCGUCUUCAUCUUAUACCAAAAAAGUCAGAGAUUGUUAGCAAAAUGUGUGAUUUUUGUUAUCAGGAGAGCUCCUUAAAGUAAAAGUACAGAUUACAGAAUGGUGGUGGAUUGCUUAUCCAUUCAAGGCUCAGUAGCUAUAAUACGGAAGCAGGAGCGAAGAUUAGGUGGGUUAGUGGCUGCAAAGAUGCAACCUAACAAUGUUGGUAGUUGUGGUGGUAUGACACCUAAAGAACUUUCUGACAAUGAUGACCUAGCUACUUCUCUCGUGUUAGAUCCUUACCUGGGAUUUACUACUCAUAAAAUGAAUAUCAGGUAUAGGCCAUUAAAAGCAAAUAAAGAUGAACUCCGUAAAAUUAUCUGUGAAUUUAUUCAAACCCAAAAUUAUGAAAAAACAUAUAAAAAAUUAAUGGGUGGUGAUUGGGGUGCAAGACUACCUCACACAAAAUCUAAACAACAACAAAUAAAUUUGGAAAAACAUAUUUACAGGUAUUUAAAGGUUUUUGAUAAAGAUUCUGGAUUUGCAAUAGAACCAUGCUUUAGGUAUAGUCUUGAAGGUCAAAAAGGUGCCAAAAUUUGUGCAACUCGCAAAUGGCUAAAACAUGAUAAAAUAUCUUGUCUUGUUGGUUGUAUCGCAGAACUUAGUGAAAAGGAGGAAGCAGCAUUAUUACAUCCAGGAAAAAAUGAUUUUUCUGUUAUGUUUAGUUGUCGCAAAAAUUGUGCACAGUUAUGGUUAGGUCCAGCAGCAUAUAUUAAUCAUGACUGUAGAGCUAACUGCAAGUUUGUGGCAACGGGAAGAGAUACAGCUUGUGUUAAAGUUCUUCGUGAUAUUGAAGUAGGGGAGGAAAUUACUUGUUUCUAUGGAGAAGACUUUUUCGGCGAUGCUAACUGUUACUGUGAAUGUGAAACAUGCGAGAGGAGGGCAACUGGAGCAUUUGCAAAUCAAAAACCAGGAGAAGAACUUUCCUCUGGGUACCGUCUACGAGAAACAGAUAAUCGCAUCAAUCGCACGAAACAUAGACAACAGCCAUUAAGUCGCAAUAAACAACAAGCUGAUACUGCACUUACAGAGAGAAAUGCAGUGCUUGUUGGUAAUGCUGCUGUAGCACCACAAAGUCUUAGCAUGAAAGAAUUACGGAGGAAGGGAUUAACAAAAUAUGAUGCAGAGUUAUUAAUUGCACAAGGAUGUCGCUUCUCUGAUAUUGCUCAACAGCAACCUAUUACAAAUAAUGGGGAAAAUGUAUUACAAACGUCUCGACCUCACCCAGCUGCCAUUACAAGUUCUGUGACAAGAAAUCUACGAAAUAAACAAUUGUUUAAAUUUGACAGUAAUAAUGGUCAUCAGAAUAAUGUUAAAAAUCAUACGCUUCGAUCAUCCAGACUUCAUAAAAGAACAGAAUCGAAGAAGACUAAAGUUUCUGAGAAGGCUGGAUCUCCUUGUUUAAAUGGUUCCAUAAUAAAUAAUAUUGAACUAGAAGACAUAAGUCAUCGUAAAGAAGAUUCUGAUAGAGUAGAUGAAGAAAUUGUGUAUUCUAGAUUACAUAAGACUCAUUCAAAAAGUAAUUUGAAUGAAGAAACUAAUAAUGUUUGCCAUGUUCAGACCUUACAUCAUGAUGUACUGGAAGAAUCAACUUGUUCUGUUGAGUGUUCGGAUUUAACAUUCAUUAAAAAUAACAAAGAACUAAAUAGCAAAUUGAUAAAUGAAAAAGAAAUACCUGAUAUUAUUAUAGGAAUUAAUUCUAAUUCAGUAGGUAAUAUUAAUACUUCCAAUUCUAAAAAAGAACACUAUAGUACAAAUUCCUGUGAUUCAGUUCAUAUAAGUUCCAUGCCUGAAAGUCGAUUAGAUGAUUUGCACAAAGCUAAUGAGAGUGAGAUAAUUUCACAAGAAAAUCGUCAGUCAAGAACCUGUCAUUAUGAUUUGUCUUCAGUUGAAAAUUCCAAAGAUACAAACGAUAUCUCUACAACGCCAAUAAAAUCAAAUAACUGUGUCAAAAAAUAUUUAGAACUUGAAAAACAACUCAUAACGAAAGAGAAAGAAAAAUGUUAUGAUUCCACAAGUAAGGAUUAUUCUUGCAAAAAUAACGAACAAAUACCUUUAGUUCAUAUUAAAUCACCCACAAAUUCGAAUUUUAUAGAAACUGAUACAAUAUCUACAUUUGAUAUACACACAUCCGAUAAAGAUUUGAAGAAAAGUGACCCUACAAAUUCAAACAUAUUGGUAAAAUAUUUGCUAGAAAAUGAAACAAACAAAUUUGAUAGGUUUAUUUCAGAAUCUAGCAAGUCUACAGAUAAUAGUGAACAUGAUAAAAUAAAUUUUGUAAAAGAAAAUAUGGAUAUAGAAAAUAGCGAAGAAAAUUGUCAGAAUGAUAUCAUGAAAAAUAAUAUGUACGUAGUUAAUGUUGCAACAUCUGAAAUAAAGUCUGAAAACACUGAAAUUAUUGAAACAUGUACAACAAACCUAAAUUCUCGAAUAGAUCCCUAUAGGGAAGAUAAUGAAAAUUUCAGUACAAUGGAAACUAACGAUUACAGCGAGAUUAACAAAUGUAAUGUAGAGGAUACUCACAAUACAAUUCUAAAAAAUGAUUCAUUACCCACAACAUUAAAGUCUCAUAAAAGUAGAAAAAAGCUAUUAAGCGAGAAGAAAUCCACUAUUUCUGAACUAAGAGAAGAAUUAGAAACUAUAGUAGAACAUAAAAUCACUGAUAACAUGGUUACGUCUAUUUCAAAAACUCGUAGCAAAGCAGAAAAGACAAAAAGUAGAUUAACAAGAAGUCAGAAAAGAGAUCGAAAGAAAAUAGCGACUACUGAAAUUGGUGUAGCUGACGACGAUUCGGGUAUUCAAGGUGAUAUUUAUGAGUUUAGUGAGAAAGAAAGUAAUCUGGAAGAUAUUAGAAUACCAUCGAUAAUGCGACGUAAACAAGAAACUCGUCAUACACCCGGUCUCACAUCACAUUUACAAGAAAUGCAAUACAACGAUGAAUACAAUAAAGCCGAACCUCCAGUAUUACUUCCACAAGAACCAUGGCCACCAGCUAGUUGCAACCAGAAUCAACUGUUAGAUUCAGAUGGUAAUAGCCAAUCAAUAGAAAAUUCCAUAGAUAGUGAAAGUCUAAACAGAUUAUCAGCUUGUAGUAACGAUAGUGCACAAAAGUUAACAGCUGCUUCUGAAUAUCAAUGGCAGAUGAAUAGUUCUAAUUGUCAAGUGUAUCCAACUACUCCAGAGAGAACUGGCAGAUUAAAACUUACUCUUCGCAUGAAACGUUCGCCAGUUUUAGAAGACAUUGUAGAGUCGGGUACGAGUUUAAGUGAAGAUAGUUAUGAACCUGAAUACGAAGUAUUACGUGUAGAGGGUGUGGAAAGAAGCAGACGCAAGAAAAAACAUAAAACGCGGGAUCGCGAAAGACGACAUAAAAAACGUGAAUUAAAUCUCGACCCUCCUCCGCCACCUAUGAAAAGGCUACGUUUAAUUUUUGGCAAUGAAACACAUACCAUUGACUUUCCACAUUCUUAACAACUAUAAAUAGAUUUUCAGUACCAUCUGGAACAAAUUAUAAAUACAAUUUAGACAUGUAAAAACAGGUCUCCUCGUCCUGUAACAUCGUGAAUUUCUAUGUAAUGCUACAACUUCAAACGAUAAACGAUAUGCCUGUCGUUAAAUUUUAUAGAUAUUUGGUGAUAUAACUAUUGUGUUCUGGUUUUGUGUUAUUAUUUUUUUACAGUUUAAAUUCUGUUUUGCUUCUCAUUCUUCUAACAACGAAUAAUUAAAGGCCUAGUAAAAUUUUUAAAAUGAGAAACUGAAAACAGUAAUAAAAAGACGACAUGUAUUGAUUUACGCAUAUGCUAUUCAGCGAAUAUUUGUUUGAAAAUUUUGUAUAGCUCCAUUUAAAAUAGUUAACACAUAAACAAUUAGUUCAUUGCUAUAUUCAUUCAUAAUAAAAUUAGUAUUUUAUUUUAUCUUUUUCAUUAAUAUAAUAUUUGAACAGACAUAAUAUCGAUACGGCAAGCUGGUUUUAAAACUUAUAGUCUUUCACUGUCAAUUUAUUUUCGAUAUUAAUGGGUUUAUAUUAUUAAACAAUUUUUUAUUAAUAAAAUAUUUAUAUCAUAUAAAAAUUUCACAUAUAUAGGAUAAAGGAAAUAGCGAUUAUUUUCUUGUAUUAAAAACAAGGAAAGAACAUGAGUUGAAUUGUAUCUAAGUACUAUUUCCGUAGAUAAGGACAAAGGAGAAAAAUCCAUACUCUUAUACUAUGUAUAAUAGUUAUAAUAGUUAUAAUAAUAAUAAAAUAAUAAUGAUGAUAAUGAUAAUAAUUCAAUAAUUAAAUUAGCUAAAUACUAGGUAACAUAUAUUAACCGCUGUUCUUCUCAACAUGCGUGAUUGACUACCAUGAAAAAAUUGUAAAUAUUGCUUAUGUGUAUGUACGCGCGUAUGUAUGUAUAUGCGCAUGUAUCAUAAAUGAUAAAUAUACAUGCACGUAUAUAUACAUGAACAAAUCACUUAAACAGACAGACAGACAAACACACACACAUACACACAUCGCGCGUGUAAAAGAAAAUUUCAUUACUGUAUUCUGUAUAUCGAUGUAUUACAAUGCCUUAAUUAAUGCAAAUGAAUAUGAAGCAAGCGCAUUACACAUAAGUGUCAUCAUAUACCGAAUACAUCGUUUACAUACGGUAACGAAAAAUAUAAGAAAAUUUUGUUUAGCGAGAUAAAUGGAAAAGGUUAAUUAAACAAAUUAAAGGAAACAAGUAAUUAUGUUUUCAAUAGAGUUUCUGACAUUGAUUUAGUAUUUAAAGGAACAGAACUUUAUAUUGAAUUGGUAAGAUUGUUGUUUCAUUUAUGAAACAAACUGGUAGCAUAAAGCUUAAUUAGGAGAGUCAUACAACUUUAGUAAUUAUUCAGAUCUGAACAAAUUUGGUAGACAACAUUUUUUAAGUCACCUUUUUACUAAAGUAAAAGCGGCAUAAAAAAUUCAUCUUACGUUUUUUUGUAUAUUUAAGAUAUCCAUAUUUUUCGAACAAAUUAUAUCAUCAAAUUUUUGCGACUCGUACACGAUGAAUGUGAAUAUUUACUUUAAAAAAUAUAACAAAACAUCAUUAUUUAUUUUUUAUGAUUAAUUGGACCUGUAUAGUGAAAUCGUGAUAAAAAUAAUAUUCGCAAAGUAGAUUUUUAAGUUGCAGUAAUUGUUUGACUUAUUUUACUUAUUUGUAACUUUAAUAAUAUCUUUUAUACGUUUACGAUAUGCGAAGGUAAACAUUUUAAAACACACAUUCGACGAUGUUGUCUUUGAUAUUCGCUGUAAUCUGCCGCUUCUUCAAGUGUAUUUUAAUUUUAGAUGUGAAUAUAAAGUCAUUCAAUCAGAGUUCAUACAAGUUAUUAACAUUAAUCUUAUUAGUGUAUUAAAUGUUAAAUAGAUGUGCUCUUUUUAUUCCAUAUAUAUGUUAACUGUAAAUUUUAGUUUUCAUACAUUUUCGUUGUUAUAUUUCCUAGUAAUGAUUGUUAAAUGAAUAUUUUGAAGAAAAUUGAAAUACACUUAAGACGCGGCAAAAUACAGCGGCUAACAUUAGUAAAUUGAGAUUGAUCAUACGCUGUUCAUUAAUGAAUAUCAUAACAUUUCUUUAUCAUUUAUCGUUAAAUUUUCAUCUAACAAAUUCUUAUAAUCGUAGCUAUACAAAUUUGUUGCAAGUAUAUUACUGUACAUUUUGUAUUGUAUAGGUGUGUAUUUCUUUUAUGUUCUGUGUUUAUUAAUAGGAUGCACGCGGCGACAAGAAAAUAAAGCUUUCAAAUAGAACAAAAGAAGUACCAGUUAUAAAAUUCAGUAUUUGAUCAAUAUGAUAAUGUAUGAAAAAGAAAUUGUGUUUGGAAAAUCCAGUUAAAAAUUAAUACAUCGUCAGAUUAAUUGACAGCGACGACUAUUCCUCCAUUGUGUAAUAGAGCAUUUAAUUAAUGUGAGAACGUUAUGUCUUUUGGACUUAAUCGUAUAAAAUAAGAAAUGUAAUUUUCCUCGAUAAUAUGCCCGUUAAUCGAUCUAUGAUAUAAUAUAAAAUUUGUGAUAAACCUACUAUAUUAUUCUAUUAAAUAUUCUUGUUCUAACGUAGCAUCGUAGUAACUGUUUUCCUCUAAGAUUUUAGCGAAUUAUCCAAUCGCAUUGACCGAAUUAUUAUUAAAUCGUACUACGUGUAUUUCUAGAUUUGUAAAAUAGCAGAAUCUGUCUAUUGUAAAACGAAGAGAAGAGAAUCGGCAAAAUUGAUUUUUAGCAUUUCAGAUUUUGAGGAUUUGAAAUUGUGUAUUUCAUCCUUUAAGAUGAAAGAAAAUUCGCGUUAAUUCGGAUUUUCAUCAAUAUAUGUAUAAAAGCUAGUAGUACAUAUAAAAUAAUAAUGUAUACUUUUUACUAGUAAAGUUAAUGCAACAUCACUGCGUUAUAAACUGGAAAAAAAUGUUAUUGUCAAAAUUUUAGCGACGAUUAUUUAAAUACGCAUAUUUUUUGUGACUGGAAAGUAUAGGAACUGUAUUAAGAAAGAAAAACUGAUUAAUCCAUAGCGAUUCGUUAAAUCGAAUUUUAGCACUUAUCUUUAAUAAGCGGGGGAAGGCAUAGGAAGUUUCGAUCGAUGCUAGAUCAAAAUGUGCAUCGAACAUAAACAAAUUUUUAUGUUUUCAAAUGUGUAGAAAUAAACGUACGUUCACGAACAUACACAGAGACGUGGGAAAUGUCUCCUAUGUUAAUUGUGGUUUCUUCUUUUUGCAUAGUAUAGAAACGUUCUUUGCUUUCCGUUAUGGGGCAGCUUUUUUCUCACUGCCAUUAUAAAAUCACAUAGUUAAAUAGCAUCGUUACUUUCCUCUUUAAAUUUAGUACUUGUUGUUCUUAAAUUAUAUAACUACAAAGUGCAAUCCUACGAUAACUACCAUACGUAAAACUUAUGUACAUGUUGAAAAGUAACUUUAAUUGUAAAUUAGAGCUUAAGAUUUAGUUUCAAUUAUUCAAAGAAUUUAUAGCCUUGGCGUACCCUGUAAAUGUAUUAUUAUCAUUAUUGUAAUUGUAUUAUCUUUAUUGAUCGAAAGAAACAUAUAGAAAUGUA